AAUUAUAAUAAAAUAGAGCAUGUGUCAGAUUGACGAUGACUGUCCACAUAAUAGUGGAUGAUGAUUUAAUGAUUACUGCAGUCUUAUGGGCGAAAGCUGUGAUGAUCCAGAAGGGAUCACUCUGACUACUCUUCAUAUUAUAUUAAUUUGAGCUGCUAUUUUAGUUGGUCUUAUAAUCAUAGCAACAAUUGCUUGAUGGAUCAGAAGGGUCAUGAAGAAGUCCAAAUCACUAAAAAUAAAUAUUUCAACUUAUGAUAAAGAUAUCAACGAAGCUUUAAAAGAGGAUGAUGAAAAUAAUAUGAGCGAAAAAGGUUCCCUGAUCAUCACUUCACAUCCUGGCUCCGAGACUGAUGAAAGCGUAUCACAUGAAGAUGAUGAGGAUCUUAAGGUCUCCCUCAACGAAGGCUGGAAAAGAAAAUAUGAAAAGAUUGUCACCAUCAAUCCUUAACAUAAAUAUUCUAAAUUUUCGAUAAAAUGUCAAAUU